AUGUUGGUGCUGUGCUCACGCAAAUCUUACCCUUGUAAUGGCCGCGUAAGGCAAACUAGCAAUCACUUCCUAAGACGCUCGGUGGACGCCUGCCCGCCCGUCCCGGGACGCUCGGCGGACGCCUGGCCCGCCCGUCCCGGGACGCUCGGCGGACGCCUGCCCGCCCGUCCCGGACCCGCUGGCGGACGGCCCGGCCCUUUGGGCACGGACCCGCCCGGCCCGGCCCAGCCUGCCCGCCCGCCCCGGGCCCGGCCCUCGUCGGACGCCGGCCCGCCCGUUCCCGGGACGCUCGGCGGACGCCGGCCCCGCCGCCGGUCCCGGGACGCUCGGCGGACCGCCGGCCCCGCCCAACCGGCCCGGGACGCCCCCGCCCGGAACCCGGACCCGCCCGUCCCGGGACCCUCGUCGGACGGCGGCCGCCGUGCCGGGUACCUCGGCGGACGCCGCUCCGACCGUCCGGACGCUCCGGCGGACCGCCUGCCCGCCCGUCCCGGACGCUCGGCGGACGCCGGCCCCCCGUCCCGGGACGCUCGCGGACGCCUGCCCGCCUGUUCCCCGGACUCGCGGUCGGACGCCGGCCCGCCCGUCCCGGGACUCUCAGCGGACGCAGCCUGCCCGCCUUGUCCCCCCGACAAGCGCGGCGUACGCCGCCCGCCUGUCCCGGGACACUCGCGGACGCCUGCCCUCCGUCCCGGGGACGCUCGGCGGACUCCGCCCGGGCCCUUCCCGGGACUCGCGGCGCCGCCCGGCCCGCCCGUCCCGGGACGCUCGGCGGACGGCCCUGCCCGUUCCCGGGACGGCUCGGCGGACGCCGGCCCGCCCGUCCCGGGACGCUCGGCGGACGUGGGCCCCCGGGCCCGCCCGUCCCGGACUCCUGCGCUCCGGCACCCCCCCGCCCGUCCCGGGACGCUCGGCGGAACGCCGGCCCGCCCUCCCGGACGCUCGGGGGGGCGGACGCCGGGCCCGCCCGUCCCGGGACGGCUCGCGGACCCGCCCGGCCCUGCCCGGGACGCUCUUCGGAGAUGCCCGCCUGUCCCCGGGACGCGCGGCGGGACGCCGGCCCGCCCGUCCCGGGACGCUCGGCGACGCCUGCCCAAAAACCUGUCCCCGGGACGCGCGGCGGACGCCGGCCCGCCCUCCCCCCACGCUCGGCGGACGCCGGCCCCGCCCUCCCGGGACGCUCGGCGGACGCCUGGCCCGCCCGUCCCUCGGGCUCGGCCACCCGGCCCGCCCCGUCCCGGGACGCUGGCGGACCGCCGGCCCGCCCGCCCCGGGAGCUCGGCGGACGCCGGCCCGCCCGUCCCGGGACGCUCGCCGGACGCGGCCCGUCCGUCCCGGGACCUCGGCGGACGCCGGCCCGCCCGCCCGGGACGCUCGGCAGACGCCUGCCCGCCCGCCGUCCCCCGGCGCUCGGCGGACGCCGGCCCCCCGGCCCGGGACGCCUCAGGCCCACGCCCGCCCGCCCUUCCCGGGACGCUCAGGCGGACAGCCUGCCCCGCCCGUCCCUGGGACGCCGGCGGACGCAUGCCCGGCCCAUCCCUUGGACGCCUCGGGCCCGACCCAGCCUGCCCGCCCGUUCAGGACGCUCAGGCCGGACGCCUGCCGGCCCUCACGGGACCUCGGCGGACCCUGCCCGCCCCGUACCCCCGUAGGACGCUCGGCGGAACUCCUUGCCCGCCCACGUCACCCGGGGACGCUCGGGCGGACGCCUGCCCCGCUCCCCGUCCCGGGACCGGCGUCGGACGCCUGACCGGCCCGGUCACGGGACCCUCGGCCGGACGCCUGCCCGCCCAUCCCGGGACGCUCGCGGACUCCUGCCCCCCGCCCGCAGGACGCUCGCCCGGCCCGGCCCUACCACCGCCCCGUCAGGGACGCUCGGCGACGCCGGCCCCGCCCGUCCCUGGGGGGGGGGGGGGGGGGGGGGGGGGGGGGGGGGGGACCCCUCGCCCGGCGGACUCCGGCCCGCCCGUCCCGGGACCCGCGGCGGACGCCUGCCCGCCCUCCCGGGACCCGCGCGGACGCCCCUGCCCGUCCCAUCCCGGACGCUCGGCGGACGCCUGCCCGCCCGUCAGGGACGCUCGUCGGACGCCGGCCCGCCCGUCAAGGGACGCUCGGCGGCCACGCCCAGGCGCGUCCCGGGACCCGCGCGGCGGACGACGGCCCGCCCGGGUCCCGGGACCCCGCGGCGGACGGCCGGGCCCGCCCCGUCCCCGGGACCGCUGUCCCGGAACUGGACGCCGGCCCGCCCAAACCGUCACCUGGACCCACGCCUGGCGGACCCGCGGGACGGGAAACCCCGCGGCGGACGUCCCAAAGGGGCGGCCCGGCCCGCCUGCCCGCCCCGGGACGCUCGGACGGACCGCCGGGCCCGCCCCUGUCCCGACGCUCCCUGCCCGCCCGUUCCCCGGGACGCUGGCGGCCGUUCCCCGGACGCCUCGGCGGACCGCCGGCCCGCCCGUCCCGGGAACGCUCGGGGCGGACGCUGGCGCGGCCCGUCCCGGGACGCUCGGCGACGCCUGCCCGCUCCGUCCCGGGACCCGCUCCCGGGCGGACGCUGCGCCCUCCCCGGCCGGCCCGGGACUGCGGCCGGUACGCCUGCCCGCCCGACCCGGGUCCCGGGACUCCCUCCGGCGACCGCAUGCCCUCCCAACCGGACGGAACCGCCUCCCGGCCCGUCCCGGGACCUCGGCGGCCCGUCAGGGACGCUCGCCUGCGGACCGCCUGCCCCCGCCCGUCCCAGGGACCGAAAUCGGCGGACGCCUGCCCACCCGCCCGUACCCGGGACGCUCGGGCGGACGACUGCCCCUCCCCCAGUCGGAGGGACGGUACGCUCGCGGACGGCCUGCCCGCACGUCCCGGGACCCGCGGCGGACGCCUGCCGUCCCGGGCGUCGGCGGACGCCCGGCCCGCCCGGAAGCCUGCGGGGACGUCAAGGACCGCUCGCGGACGCCGGCCCCAGUCGGGGGACCCUCCCGCGACGCGGCCCGCCCGCCGUCCCACGACGCGCGCGCGCCCGUCCCGGGACCCGCGGCGGCGGCCGCCCGCCCUUCCCGGGUCCGGGACGCCUCCGGCCCGUACGCCUGGCCCGCCUCCCGUCAGGACGCUCGGCGGACGCCGGCCCGCCCGUCAAGGGAACGCUCGGCGACCCGGCCCGGCCCUCCCGGACCCACGCGGGCGGCGCCCGGCCCCUCCCGUCCCCGGAACCCCGGCGGACCUGGCCCCCGCCCGCCCGUCCCGGGACGCUCGCGGACGCCUGCCUGCCCGUCACGGGACCCACGGCGGACGCCGGGGAGCCCCCCGCCUGUCCCGGGACGCCCUCGCGCCUGUCCCGGGACGCCGGCGCCCGCCCGGGACGCUCGGCGGACGCCUGGCCCGCCCGUCCCGGGAGCUCGGGCGGACGCCCUGGCCCGCCCUCCCGGUACGCUCGCGGACGCCGGCCCACCCAUGCCCGUGCUCGGGCGACUGCUCGCGUCGGACGCCUCGGCCCGGACGCCGUCCCGGCCCGUCCCCGGGACGCUCGGCGGACGCCCUGCCCGCCCGUCCCGGGACCGGCUCGGACUACGCCUGCCCGCCCGCCCGUGGGACGCUCGGGCUCGGCGGGACGCCUGCCCGCGUCCCGGACGCUCGGCGGACGCCCCCCGCCCGUCCCGGGACGCUCGGCGGACCGCCCCCUGCGGCCGAUCUGGCGACGAGCUCGGCGUACGCCUGCCCGCCCGUCCCGUGACGCUCGGCCGAUGCCUGCCCGCCCGUCCCGGGACGCUCGACGUCCCGGGACCCGCGCUCGGCGGACGCCUGCCCACCCGUUCCGGGACCCGCGGCGGACGCCUGCCCGCCCGUCCCGGGACGCUCGCGGACGCCUAA